AAAAAGAAAAUUUUGUUAAUUUUGUAUUGUUUAAAAAUUAAUAAUGUAAGUCUAAAUAUGUGGGAAUCGUUCUAUGAUAGAACAUCUCAAUCCUGUUCAGGCAUAAACGCAAAAUUAUUAAGUUAUAAUAAAAAGAAACACGAUCUCCAAUCCGUCGAAUACAAGAAUUACAUCCAUAGAGACGUAUUAUGUGUUUUGGAUCCGAAUCCCAUGAAAAAACAUAAAAGUCAAAAAAGUAAAAAAGGUGUUCCCAGUGCAAGUAAAAGAAUUAACAACACAGGUGUUUUGUCCGCUUAUGUUUAUCACAAGGUAAGAGAAGAAGCUGCAGACACAAAAAAGAGACCAGUAAGUAGCAGUUGUGGGAAGUGUGAGACUCCCAGUGAGGUGAAUGCUGGUGCAGAAAAAAUAUGUGAAAUAUUACCAAAGAGUUCGAUACCACGGCCUAGAUCAUCAUCUAACUAUUCGAAAACACCUACAACAGAAUUAUCUUCAGAAUCUCCAAACAAACAAGCAUCUAACGAGUUAGAAAAUUCCGAGAAAAUCAAAUCUAAAUCGUCUUGUAGACCAAUUUGUCAAUUCUCAAAGAAACCUCUUUCUACUUUAGGGAAUGAUGGAGCGAGUUUGAUUUGUGUUGAGACACUACAAAUUCAACCGAAAUUAUGUACAAUAAAGACAUGCUUACGAAGAGAACGGUCUAGACUGGUAAAACUCUACGAAUCGACAACAGAGAAAAUAAAAAUUUAUAAGUUCGGUGAAAAAGGAUCUGGUACACGAUCAAAAAGUGGAGAUUCUCAAGAUUUUUAUGCGCUACGUGAUGAAUGUUUAGCAAAUGGAACACUAUUUGAGGAUCCAGAAUUCCCUUGCAAUGAUUCAUCGUUGUUCUUCAGUCAAAGACCUGAUAGGAAUUAUGAGUGGAAACGACCAAAUGAAAUUUGUAACGACCCCAAAUUUUUUGUCGAAGGAUUUUCCCGAUUCGACGUACAACAAGGAAUACUUGGAGAUUGCUGGCUUUUGGCAGCUACAGCAAACUUAACCCUUAACAGCCGCUUGUUCUUCCAAAUAGUGCCAGAUGAUCAAGAGUUCGAUGAUAAAUACGCUGGCAUAUUUCAUUUUAGAUUUUGGCAAUAUGGAAAAUGGAUAGACAUAGUAAUUGAUGAUCGAUUACCCACAUAUAGAGGAGAAUUAGUAUUUUUACAUUCUGCUGAAGAUAAUGAAUUCUGGAGUGCUCUGUUAGAAAAGGCCUACGCAAAAUUAAAUGGUUCCUAUGAAACAUUGAAAGGAGGUUCAACAUGCGAAGCCAUGGAAGAUUUUACUGGUGGCGUUUCUGAAAUGUACGAAAUGGAAUCCAGUCCUCCAAAUCUUUUUCAAAUAAUGGUUAAGGCCUAUGAAAGGAGUUCCCUUAUGGCUUGUUCGAUUGAGCCAGACCCACGUGUUCUAGAGGCUCACACACCACAAGGACUUAUUAGAGGCCAUGCAUACAGUAUAACUAGAAUAAAAUACGUAGAAAUUCAUACCCCAAAUGUUUCCGGUAAAAUACCUCUUCUGAGGCUUCGAAAUCCUUGGGGCAAUGAGGAUGAGUGGAAUGGCGCUUGGAGUGACGAAGCUCCAGAAUGGCGGUAUAUUUCACAAGAAGAAAAGGAAGAGUUAGGUCUUACAUUUGACAAAGAUGGUGAAUUCUGGAUUUCGUUCAAAGAUUUUAUGAAAUACUUCAGCAGAUUAGAAAUUUGUAAUUUAAAUCCUGAUUCUCUCUCAGAAAACGAAUUACACGAAACGCAUAAGAAAAAAUGGGAAAUGUCUGUCUUUGAAGGUGAAUGGGUCAGGGGUGUAACAGCCGGCGGUUGCAGAAAUUUCCUUGAUUCUUUCUGGCAUAAUCCACAAUACAGAGUUACUUUGACUGACGUUGACGACGACGACGAUGAAAACAAAUGCACAAUAAUCGUAGCGCUAAUGCAGAAAAAUCGAAGAGCUCUACGUCAAAGUGGCGCCGAACUACUUACCGUCGGUUUUGCUAUAUAUCAUUUGAAAUAUCCAGACAGGCUUCCAAAACCAUUAGAUAUUAAUUUCUUCAAAUACAAUGCAUCAGUGGCACGCUCUCCGUCCUUUGUCAAUUUACGUGAAGUCAGCUGUCGAUUCAAGCUACCUCCUGGAACAUACUGCAUCGUACCUUCCACAUUCGACCCCAACGAAGAGGGAGAAUUCAUACUUCGAAUUUUCACAGAAAAACAAAACGUUAUGGAGGAGCACGACGAAGAAGUAGGAUAUGGUGAAGUAGAUUCGAAAGUUGCAGCACCACCUACAGAAGAAGAGAAGCAAGAAUUUAGUCAAGUUUACCAGUUCUUCUUAAAAUUGGCUGGUGAAGAUAAGGAAGUAGAUUGGAUGGAACUGAAAGAUAUUUUAGAUUAUUCACUGAAAUCAGAUCGUGAACAGAAGAAAGCGAUAGUUUCAGUUGAACCUAAAUCUACAGAGAAAACUGCAAGUACAGAAAAGGAUUUAACCGUGGAACCUGAAGUAAAAGUUGUCCUUCCUGCGACUCCUGGUCAGGAAGUUGCUACUACUACUGUUACUAAUAGUACUACUACUACAGAGACUGGUCAUUCCUUUACUUCGUUAUGUUCCUUGUUUUGCGGAACAAUAUGCCAGAAAACUCCGUUGGCAGACUAUUUUACACCUAAAACGAACGUAGCUCCAUUAAGAUCGGUUUUGGCUGAAUUAAAACUACAAGGAUUUUCGAAAGACAUUUGCCGAAGUAUGGUUGCCAUGUUAGACGCAGACAGAUCUGGAAAACUGGGUUUCCAAGAAUUUAAGGAAUUAUGGGGAGCUAUAAGGCAAUGGAAGAACGUCUGGCUGAUGUACGACACCGACAAGUCUGGAACAUUUAGUGGCUUUGAAUUGAGAGACGCUCUAAACUCCGCAGGAUUCAGACUAAACAAUAAGGUUUUGAAUAUUCUAAUGCACAGAUAUGGUAACAAAAAUGGAGAGAUGGAGUUUGAAGAUUUUAUGAUGUGUGCCAUUAAAUUAAAGUCAAUGAUGGAUCAUUUUAAGAAGAAGCAACAGAGUGGAAGCAACAAUGCCACAUUUUCGAUAGAUGAGUGGUUGGAAAGCACUCUUUAUUCUUAAACAUAAUUUUUUGUUAUACUUUUCUACAACGUUUAUUAAGCAUUCCUAUAGCUUUUUGUCAAUAUUUUUGGAAUAUAUACUUGUUAAAAUUAAUAUAUUAUUCGUUAAAAGUGUCUUACAAUUUUACAUGAUUAUAUACGUAUCUAUUAUACAUUUUCUUGUUAAAAUUUGACUCAUAAAUAAAUAUUUAUUUAUUGAUGAAA